UCCAUUAAUGAAAAUUGAAUUCUUUUUCCUCUUUAUUUUAGUGGUUUAAGUGUUCCCUUUUCUGAUUCAUGUGGCUACUAAUUGUUUACCAGGACUGCAGUUUCUUUGGCAUUAAUUGUACAAGAGUCUAGAAUUUACUUGUGCAAAAGAAAAUGGGUGGUGGAAGGAGAAGAAAAAGAAGUUUCAGCAGAAUUCAUGCUUUCACAUGUGGGAAAGCAUCAUUUAAAGGGGGUCAUUCAUUGAUUGGAGGGCCUGGUUUCUCAAGAGUGGUGUAUUGCAAUGACCCUGAAUGUUUUGAAGCAAGUCUGCUUAACUAUGGUGGGAAUUAUGUUAGAAGCACAAAGUAUACACUUGUAACAUUCUUCCCUAAAUCAUUGUUUGAGCAGUUCAGGAGGGUUGCCAAUUUCUAUUUUCUAGUCUGUGCUGUUCUGUCUUUCACACCUCUCUCCCCUUAUUUACCUGUCAGUAAUGUUCUUCCAUUACUUCUUGUAAUUGGAGCCACCAUGGGAAAGGAGGUUGUCGAAGAUUGGAAGCGAAAAAAGCAGGACAUUGAAAUGAACAACAGGAGAGUUGAAGUGCAUCAAGGUGAUGAUGUUUUCGAGCAUACAAAAUGGAUGGAUUUGAAGGCUGGGGAUAUAGUCAAGGUGGAGAAGGAUGAAUUCUUUCCUGCUGAUCUUAUUUUGUUGUCAUCAAGCUACGACGAAGCUAUUUGCUACGUUGAAACUAUGAACCUUGAUGGGGAAACUAAUUUGAAACUAAAACAAGCACUGGAUGCAACUUCAAAUCUGCAUGAGGAUUCAAGCUUUCAAAAUUUCAAGGCUGUCAUCAGAUGUGAAGAUCCAAAUGCAAAUUUAUACUCUUUUGUUGGCAGUUUGGAAUUCAGAGAAGAACAAUAUCCUCUAUCUCCCCAGCAGCUUCUACUAAGGGACUCAAAGUUAAGGAACACGGAUUAUAUUUACGGUGCAGUUGUCUUCACAGGACAUGACACAAAGGUGAUUCAGAAUUCAACCGAACCUCCUUCGAAGAGAAGCAAGAUUGAAAAGAGGAUGGAUACAAUUGUGUGCUUUCUGUUUGCUUUCCUCGUUGUUCUGUCUAUUAUCGGGUCGAUUUUCUUUGGAAUAGCAACUAGAGAGGACCAGGAAAAUGGGAAAAUGACAAGAUGGUUCCUUAGACCCGAUGAGACUACAAUUUAUUAUGAUCCAGAACGAGCAACAAUUGCAGCAAUUUUGCAAUUCUUGACAGCCCUGAUGUUGUAUUCGUAUUUUAUUCCCAUUUCCUUAUAUGUUUCCAUUGAAAUUGUCAAAGUUCUUCAAAGCAUUUUCAUCAAUCAAGAUCUGCAAAUGUACUAUGAAGAAGCAGACAAGCCAGCACGAGCACGAACCUCUAAUCUAAAUGAAGAACUUGGCCAGGUUGAUACUAUACCUUCUGAUAAAACUGGAACUUUGACUUGUAACUCCAUGGAAUUUAUCAAAUGUUCUGUGGCUGGAACAUCUUAUGGUCAUGGAAUUACAGAAGUCGAAAGAGCUCUUGCUUGGAGAAAGGGUUCACAUUUGGCUCGAGAGAUGAUGGAGGUAGAAGGAAAAAUAGAGGAGUUCAAGGAAGAAAAGCUGUCAAUCAAAGGGUUUAAUUUUGUGGAUGAAAGAAUCAUGAAUGGUAAUUGGAGAAACGAACCUCGUGCGGAUUUAAUCCAGAAGUUCUUACAAGUAUUGGCUAUCUGUCAUACCACAAUACCUGAAGUGGAUGAAGAAACAGGAAGAGUUUCAUAUGAAGCCGAAUCACCAGAUGAGGCAGCAUUGGUGGUUGCAGCUAGAGAACUGGGAUUUGUGUUCUAUGAAAGGACACAAACAAACAUUUCGUUAUACGAGUUCGAUCCAGUCUUGGGCAAAAAAGUUGAAAGAUCUUAUAAUCUAUUGAACAUCUUGGAGUUUAGUAGCUCAAGAAAGCGGAUGUCGGUGAUCCUGAGGAACAAGGAGGGAAAGCUGUUGCUACUUUGUAAAGGUGCUGACAGUGUCAUGUUCGAAAGGCUUGCAAAAAAUGGACAAGAAUUUGUGAAGCAAACCAAGGAGCACAUAGCGGAAUAUGCUGAUGCUGGUUUGAGGACUUUGGUAGUUGCAUAUCGUGAAAUAGACGAGGAAGAAUAUGUUGAGUUCAAUGAGCAGUUCACAGAAGCUAAGAACCGAGUGAGUGCGGAUCGGGAAGAAAUGAUCGAGGAAGUUGCCGGAAACAUUGAAAGGGAUUUGAUUCUUCUUGGUGCUACAGCUGUUGAAGACAAACUUCAAAAUGGGGUUCCUGAAUGCAUUGACAAACUUGCACAAGCCGGGAUCAAAAUUUGGGUUUUAACAGGAGAUAAAAUGGAGACAGCAAUAAACAUUGGUUUUGCUUGUAGCUUGCUUAGACAAGGUAUGAAUCAAAUAGUAAUAAAUUCGGAGACUCCUGAAAACAAGGCUUUGGAGAAAUCUGGGGAAAAAUCCGCAGCUGCAGUGGCAUUUAAGGCAAGCGUUCUCCAGCAGAUAUCUGAAGGAAAGCAGUUGCUUUCUUCAUUAUCCAAAAAAUCUGAGGCAGUGGCUUUAAUUAUUGAUGGCAAGUCACUAAUUUAUACUCUAGAAGAUGAUGUCAGAGACAUUUUCCUAGAACUCGCCAUCGGCUGUGCAUCUGUUAUUUGCUGCCGUUCAUCUCCUAAACAGAAGGCACUGGUUACAAGACUGGUUAAAACGAAAACGGGUAGUACAACUCUAGCAAUUGGUGAUGGAGCAAAUGAUGUUGGUAUGCUUCAAGAAGCUGAUAUUGGAGUUGGUAUUAGUGGUGCAGAGGGAAUGCAGGCUGUCAUGUCGAGCGACAUCGCAAUAGCCCAGUUCCGUUUUUUGGAACGCUUGCUUCUUGUGCAUGGACAUUGGUGUUAUAGAAGGAUUUCAUCAAUGAUAUGCUAUUUCUUUUACAAGAACAUUGCAUUUGGUUUCACAAUCUUCUUCUAUGAGAUAUACACAUCGUUCUCGGGUCAAGCCGUAUACAAUGAUUGGUUCCUAUCCCUCUAUAACAUCUUCUUCACAUCACUUCCCGUGAUUGCUCUGGGAGUUUUCGACCAGGACGUCUCAUCCCGUUUAUGUCUUAAGUUUCCUCUAUUAUAUCAAGAAGGAAUCCAGAAUGUCCUCUUCAGCUGGCAUAGAAUCCUUGCCUGGUCAUUUAAUGGAGUGCUUAGUGCUACCAUAAUCUUCUUCUUUUGCAUUCGAGCGAUUCAACAUCAAGCAUUCCGCGAAGGUGGGGAAGUCGCCGGCUUGGAAGUCCUCGGAACUACGAUGUACACAUGUGUGGUAUGGGUAGUUAACUGUCAAAUGGCUAUAUCCAUCUCUUAUUUUACAUAUAUACAGCAUCUCUUCAUCUGGGGUGGCAUUGUUUCUUGGUAUAUAUUCCUCAUUGCUUAUGGAGCCAUGGAUCCGGACAUAUCGACCACUGCGUACCAUGUCUUUAUUGAAGUCUGCGCUCCGGCCAGGUCGUAUUGGCUUCUCACACUCCUCGUGCUAAUCGCCUCAUUGUUACCGUAUUUCGCUUAUUCAGCGAUCCAAAUGCGGUUCUUCCCAUCGUAUCACCAGAUGAUACAAUGGAUUCGAUCAGAUGGGCAAUCCGAUGACCCCGAGUACUGUCAUUUGGUGCGACAAAGAUCACUACGUCCCACAACCGUAGGUUUUACUGCACGUUUUGAAGCAAAAUCGAAAAGCACCAAAGAGAGAGAUCGGGGUCAUUGAUGAACCUCCCGGCUGAAAUGCAGAUGCAUUUUCAGUUCGGAUAAAUGUCAACAGCAUGAAUUAGUUGAACUGCAAAAUAACGACAGUAAUAUUGCAUUACGAUUGUUAUUUAAGUGCUGGUGAUCACAUUUUCAGUACUCUUCUGAAACAUAGCUGUAUAGUACUUCAAAUGUACAUACAUAUAUGCAUAUAUGUAGCAUCAUUAUAUAUAGGUUUUGA